AUGGACCUAUACAGCGGAGAUUCCUACACUCAGACCGAAUUCACUGUUGAUGGUACACAGCCAUCUACCACGAACCCGAUGGGAAACCCGAUGGGAAACCCGACACUAGGCGAGUGCUAUCCACCUGAACAAAUACUCAUAAUACAAAUAGGGACCGGUACAACGAGCGGUGGUACCAAUUGGGUCGGAUACCUGACCACUCUAUAUAAUGCCUCACCGGUACUCAGCUACAAUUUCGCCGUUGGAGGAGCGACAAUCGACAACUCUAUUGUCGACACUAAGGUUAAGGAUGUGACAUCGCAAGUCAGGGACUUCGAGUUAGCAUAUAGCGAGAAGCCUAUAUCUGCGCCGUGGUCUUCAGAUAAUGCAGUCAUCGGCUGGGGUCAUCAAAAUGCCCAACCUAGUGUGCUUGUGCCGACAUUGAUGGCCCAGUACAAAUUUCUCAUUGAAAAGUUAUAUGCGUCCGGCGGACGGAAAUUUCUUUUCCUCAAUGUGCCGCCUACAGAUCGGAGUCCUAUGGCCAUCAAAGAGGGAUCGGAAGCCGUUAAAACAUACGCUACGUGGAUGAAGGCUUACAAUGACGUCAUGAUGAUUUACGUUUUCAUCUCUUAUAUUGUUUCCAUAAAACUAACCUGGCCACAGACUACUAUCGUUCUGUACGAUACCUGGUCCUUUAUGCCCAAGAUCCUGGACGAUCCUCAGACAUAUGGAUUCCCGAAUGCCAUGUAUUUCAAUGAGAAUGGCACCUCCUGUAUUUGGUGGAACCAUUAUCACCCCGGGCAGAACCACCAUAAACUACAAGCAGCGGAUAUGAUUUAA